CUUGUCAUAGGACUAUAUCUAUUUUGAGGUAAAAUGAAAAAAAAUCCAAUAAAAUGAGAGGCAUCUGAUUUUGGCGCUACACUUUGGAAAACGGACAGAUCUAAGAGUGUACUUCCACAAUUUCCCCCAAAAAUAAAGACCAUUCACCAUUCUUUCCAUUUCCCUAAUUUUAAACUCCCUUUUUCUGUCUCAUCUUCCCUCAUUUCUCUCUCAUCCUUGAUCUCUUUUACCCCCAAAUUAUAUUUCUUCUUUCUUUGCAAUUCAUAUCAUCACAAUUCACAAUCCUUUCGAUUUUUUCUUUUUUUUUGAUUUCAUAUUUGUCUUUGAAUUUCUCCAACAAUGUCGACGGAAAAGGAGAGAGAGACUCAGGUUUACCUAGCCAAGCUCGCUGAACAAGCUGAACGCUAUGAAGAAAUGGUUGAGUGCAUGAAGACAAUAGCAAAAUUAGAUGUUGAGUUGACUGUGGAGGAAAGGAAUCUCCUUUCUGUGGGUUACAAGAAUGUCAUUGGUGCUCGGAGAGCCUCUUGGCGUAUUAUGUCUUCAAUUGAACAGAAGGAAGAAUCAAAAGGAAAUGAAAAUAAUGUCAAGCUCAUCAAGGGUUACCGUCAGAAGGUGGAAGAUGAGCUUACUAAAAUAUGUCAAGACAUCUUGGCUAUCAUCGAUGCACAUCUAGUUCCUCAUUCUGGCAGUGGAGAAGCCACCGUUUUCUACUACAAGAUGAAAGGUGACUACUUUCGCUAUCUAGCUGAGUUUAAGUCGGAUCAAGAAAGGAAGGAAGCUGCUGAGCAGUCACUCAAGGGCUAUGAGGCUGCCUCUGCCACAGCAAAUACAGAUCUGCCUUCAACCCAUCCUAUCCGUCUCGGUCUUGCUUUGAACUUCUCUGUCUUCUACUAUGAAAUUAUGAAUUCUCCAGAAAGGGCAUGCCAUUUGGCCAAGCAAGCAUUUGAUGAAGCCAUUGCAGAGUUGGACACUUUGAGUGAGGAGUCAUACAAAGAUAGCACCUUAAUCAUGCAACUGUUGAGAGACAAUCUCACUCUAUGGACCUCUGAUUUGCCCGAAGAUGGAGCUGAUGAGAAUAUUAAGACUGAGGAAUUGAAACCUGCAGAGGCUGAAGGGCAGCAGUGAUCAUACCGCCUCCUUUGGCAAGGCUUCCAUAAACGAUGUGUCGUGGAUCCCUUUGUUAAAAACAAUGAUUGUAGCAGGGAUGUUCAAAUUAUUGUAGCCGGAAUUUUGUGCUGGAUGUAUAAGCUGUAAGCUAUUAAGCUAGAAGAGAAUUGUUAAAAAGCUUUCAUGUCUGUUUCCAUCUUUUAUCUUGUUUUUUGCUCGGUUUUUAUGUAGAAUAUUAACAGCAAUUUAAUAUUGUUUCUUUUGUAAAACUGUAGACUCUUUUAUUAUAUUGUAAGUUUGUAACCAUACAUAGAUACCAACCUAUGCACUCUUCUAUAAUUUUGUGCAUUAAUUAAUAUUAAUUUAUCAUAAUGAUUGUUAAUUAU